AAACGGGUGAUAGGAAAGAGCAUGGACGCCCUUCAGCAGCCGCGGACGUGUGCGCACCGCUGGAGGCAGUCGAGCUGCAGACCAGGGCUCGUUUGGAGGAACUGUGGCUGAUGUUAGCGAUGGAGAGGAGGACUGGAGCUGGCUGGGCAUAACAUGUGAGCAUGACAUGUGAGCCAAGUCUGCACAGAUACAACAAAUACCCAAAGUAUGUCUGCGGCAGGGGCGGGUCGACGCUGUGAGGGAACCUGACUCAGGUUAAUGAGAGCCAAGCUGCAGAUUCUCUUGUUUUUGAUUUCUGUCAUCUCCACGGUGAGACGAGACCAACACGGCGGCUGAAGCUUCCCCGUGCCUCCUUCACCCUGCCUCGGCGUGGCAGGCGUCAAGGUGCCGCAGGAGGGAGACCCCUUGUUUCAAGAACUACUGGACCCAAACGUUUCUGCGCAGAACAACGCCACGGCUUCACUGAAAGACACGCAAAGAGUCACACGGGAGAGGACACUAUGUCAAAGGAGAUGAGAGGGAAAGGUUCAUCCCGAAAGCACAGCGCCACACACUGGUGUCUGCAGAAUAUUGCACAAGAAUCAGUUGAAAGCUCCGAUGAGGAGUUCUUUGAUGCCAGAGCAGAUGUUAUGGAGGGGAAGAGUGCCAUGCUGCUUGGCAUGAGUCAGUGGAACUCUAACGACCUGGUGGAGCAGAUUGAAACUCUUGGACACAUGGAGGACCAGUCGCACGAGGGUCUCUACCAGCUGGGCGGUCCACGUUGUGCCCCUCAGAGCAGCAUUGAAGGCCUGGAGGACAGCGAGAGGAAAUGUAAGACACAUGUGCUGCUGCUGGUAGUGCACGGCGGAAACAUCCUGGACACAGCGGGCGGAGACCCCAGCACAAAGUCUGGGGAUGUUGCCACCCUGGGCUCAGUGCUGGAGAAAGUGGCCCGGGCUCAUUUCCAGGCGGCCGCUGAACACGUGAUGAUCAAGCUGGUGCCAUGUCCGGCCGUGUGCGCUGAAGCCUUCUCAUUGGUGUCAAACCUGAACCCGUACAGCUAUGACGAGAGCUGUGUGUCGAGCAGCGUGGACCACCUUCCGCUGGCCGCUCUCCCACUCCUUGCCAUCGUCUCCCCUCGCUACCAGGACGCCGUGGCAACAGUGAUUGCCCGAGCCAACCAGGUGUACCACAGCUUUCUGCAGUCGGAGGACGGCCAGGGAUUCAGGGGGCAGGUCUGCCUGAUGGGCGACUGUGUGGGAGGUGUGCUGUGCUUUGACGCUUUGUGCUUCAGUAACCACCAGAGGCCCGGCAGCCCCAACAACAGCAGCAGGAACAUCAGCACUGAGAGCCUGAAGGAUAACUCGGGCCUGCUCGGGGAGUCCAGUCUGAGCUCCAGCAAGAGGUUGAGUAAGAGCAACAUCGACAUAUCCGCCCCAAACGAAGGGCAUGGCCAGGGUGGGCCGCCGCUCAGCCGCAAGCAGAGUGACUCAUAUGACGGAGACACAUCGUCCACGGGCCAGCACAGCUUCUUCUCGAGUCUGAUGAAGGAAGGCGUGGAGUUGCGAGGUGGCAGUAGCACCAGUCUGGUGUUGAACCCGGGCAGAUUUGACUUUGAGGUUUCAGACUGCUUCCUGCUCGGCUGUCCGCUGGGCCUGGUGCUGGCUAUGAGACGCACAGUGCUGCCCGCCGUCCAAGUGAGCCAGCUCCAUCCAGCCUGCGCUCAGAUUUUCAAUCUGUUUUACCCCUCGGACCCUUCUGCCUCCAGACUGGAGCCUCUGCUGCAGCCCCUCUUCCACAAGCUGCCCCCGUUUGCUGUUCCACGCUACCAGCGCUACCCCCUAGGAGACGGGCGCUCGAUGCUCAUAGCCGAGAGUAUUCAAGGCCAUCCGAAUGUGUUUCUGGAGGGUGAUCAAACUACAGGAGGUCCAGCUUCACAGUCGUCGUCUGAGACAAAGACCGAAGGCGGAGGAGGAGGAAGAGGAGGAGAUGGAGGUCGUAGAUCCAGUGUGACCAGUGUGGAAAGUGAAACGUCAAUUUGCUCCAUGGGCCAGCUGGGAAACACCAUCAGUAACAUUUCCAGUAGCUGGUGGGGCUCAAAGAGGCUGGAUUUUGCUUUGUUCUGCCCUGAUGUGCUGACCUCCUUCCCUACUGUGGCUCUGCCUCACCUUUUUCACGCCUCCUACUGGGAGUCAACUGACGUAGCAGCUUUUGUUCUCCGGCAGCUUAUGCGAUGUGACUGUGUGAAGGCCCAGGAAGCGGACAAUCUGGACUCGGCUCCAUUCUCUCCCUCCAGCCCACGAGAGAAAUGGCUCCGAAGGAGGACACAUGUCAAAUUAAGGAACGUCACUGGCAACCACAGGGUGAAUGAUGUGAUUGCUACAGAGGACGGACCUCAGACUCUGGUUGGCCGUUUCAUGUACGGCCCCCUGGAUAUGGUCACGCUGACUGGAGAAAAGGUGGACAUCCUGCUGAUGACACAACCUCAGUCUGGCCGCUGGGUGCACUUUGACACAGAGGUGACGAACAGCAGCGGUAGAGUCACAUAUACAAUCCCCAAGAGCAAGAAGCUCAACCUCGGAGUCUAUCCUAUUAAAAUGGUGGUCAAGGGGGAUCAAACAAGUGCAGAGGCCUACUUGACUGUGCUGCCAAGAGGCAUGGAGUGUGUGGUCUUCAGCAUCGAUGGAUCGUUUGCUGCCAGCGUGUCAAUCAUGGGAAGUGACCCUAAGGUCCGUCCCGGAGCUGUCGAUGUUGUCAGGCACUGGCAGGACCUCGGAUAUCUGAUCAUCUACAUCACAGGCCGCCCUGAUAUGCAGAAGCAGCGAGUGGUGUCGUGGCUCUCGCAGCACAAUUUUCCUCACGGGAUGAUCUUUUUCUCUGAAGGCCUUGUCCAUGAUCCCCUGCGACAAAAGACCAUCUUUCUCAGGAACCUCAUACAGGAGUGUCACAUUAAGAUCAACUCUGCUUAUGGCUCCAUGAAGGACAUCUCUGUUUACAACAUGCUCGGCCUCAGUCCCUCACAGAUUUAUAUUGUUGGCAGACCUUCCAAAAAGUACCAAAAUCAGUGCACGUUCCUGAGUGAGGGCUAUGCAGCUCACCUCUCCACACUUCAGUUUGGCCACAGAGCCAGACCAAAGAAGUCCCCUUCGGUUCGGAUGGUCCUGAGAAAAGGCUCAUUCGGUCUCUCAGCAAAGCCCGACUUCCUGUGUAAGCGCACCCACCUGCGAAGAACCAUGUCGGUCCAACAGCCCGACCCGCCCUGCACACCCAACCCCAAGCCUGAGCGAGCCCAGAGCCAGCCAGAGUCGGAUAAGGAUCACGGUGGAGGAGUAGGAGGAGGUGUGGGACAAGGCGCAUGGGGACGAGCCUCCAUGCAUCGUGGAGACACGACUCCCUGACAUCAGAAAAAAAGAGAAAGAAGGCUUGCAGGAGUAUCGAACUGGAAAACACAGGGCCACGAGUGUCAUCUCUCCCUUCUGUACAUGUUUGGAUCUUCUGCUGGUGUCACCCGCAGCUCAGCUUUACCGCCUGCUUUGCCCUCUUCACUUCACUUCCUGUGUGGCUCUUUUUGUGACCUGCUCGAUGGAUCGCGUCACUCAGUCUUUGUGCCUACAUUUUUAAGCAGUUGCCUGGGACCGCGACUUUGUCUGUGAAUGUCUGUGGAAGCUCAAAUUGUGUCUAAUUGUAAAAGAAAAGAAUGUAUUUCUGAUUGCAGAUAUACUCAAAUAUUCCUGCAUACACAAAUGCAGACACAUCCACACACAUGAUAACCGUGGCGACAUGAACCCCAUUGUGACUUUGAGAAACAAAAUCCGACGCUGCACCUCAUUAUGGUGUCUUUCAGACUUCUGUGACAUGACAUGUGGUCAUGUGGACUGACUCCUCUUUGACAUCCAUCCGUGUAAAUACUCAUUAAACAUCAUCCUUGUGCAAGCCUAUGGACACAGAAGCACUGUGACGUAAAGGUAAAAUUUUUACAGAAGCUCUGAAAUCUGGAGUUCAUAUCAGCCGCCUCCUUCUCCAUGUUUCUCCAACUGUAAAAUGUCUCCCUCGCUUUAUGUCUGGCCUACUACUCCUCCCAAAGCCCUUUCUCUCCCCUAAACCAGUCAGGCAGACUUUGGACAGCCACCUCAAACCAGUGCGGUCCACAGCGCUGCGGUGCACCCCGCUCGGCCGCUGAGGUCACAUUUGCACUAUCAAAGUUCACCACAGUGGUUCUCAAUAUAGCAGCAGCCCGCUUCUGAAACAUAAAGUUGUGUUUGCAUUUUAUUGUCCAUAUAGUUUUUGUUUUUUUUCCUGCAGAUUGUGCACUGUCGCUGCCUGUUGGUAGCUGUUACUACUGAAAAAUAAAAAAAAACAAGUAGUUUGUAGGUAAGUGUUGGUAUGACCAAAAAAUGUUUACAUAGUGAUGGACACAGUUGUAAAAAGUUAUCAGAGCUUUAUCCACAUAAUUCAACUGGCAGUGCAAUUUUAAUGUUUUGCAGCUUUAGUUGCGUUGCUUGUUAGCCUGCAGUAAGGCUUAGUUGUACAGUACAAAAGACCCCAUGAAUACAGUUACAUUUCCAACAUUUAGUACAGCUGCAUUGGAACUCAGAUUUUGGAUGAAAUCUGAUGCCGUCUUGUGCACUGAAGGUCGAUUCCAGUCUUACUUUGGUCACUUUUGAAACUCUGUGCGAGUCGAACAUAUUUUUCUAAGAAGAAAUAUUGUGAGAAGAAGUAUUUUCAAUGUAUGUUUUUGAACAUUGGGUUGUCUGACUUUUUGAAUUGUUUAUUUUUGCCUUAAAUUAUUUUUGAUGUUGUGUAAAGAUACAAAUGUAUUAGAUUUGUUUGACCAAAGUAUAAGUUUUAACGUCAUUUAUUGACAGAGUGCAUUUUAUCUAGUUGAUAUUUUGCAUUGACAUGUUUUAGAUACUGUAUAUUACUGUAUAUUUCUGUGCAUGUGUGAGUGUGUGUCUUGGUAUUUUUCGUGGAGUUGUGUUUACUGUGAACAUGAAGACAGUUACGACAAGCUUUAGUAAACUGGGAGGCCAGUGCUAACAUACCUGCAUGUCACUGCAGCUCACUAUUGGCGGCUUUGAGGAUUGAGUGUGCAUUUUUGUAGUUUUGGAUUAAAGCAGUGUUUCAGAGGAUUACUUAGUCCAGGUUUUAUACCUGCUAUAAAAGAAAAGGGGCUUAUGAGUUCUAACAGUGUCUGAAAAAACUGAGAACCUGCAUAAAGAGUGGAACAUGCUAGCCGGGAGGAAAUUGUCUUUGACUCUUUUUCUCUCCCUGCCUUGAUGGUAAUUAGUUCUUUAAUUACAAAAAUGUUUAACUCCCUGUAGUGCUGCCCCUGUAAUCACAGUGCACUAAUUAACAUUACUUGGUAAUUGUAUAAUAUUGUAAAAAACUAUAGUGGAAUAUUUAACUCCAUUUUGUUUUGCAUUUAGUUUGUUAUUUCUAGAAAACUGUUAUACAAGCAGCGAAAUGUUCAUUCCCAUCAAUGUAUGCACACUAAUCCAAGUGACUCUGUAGGUCUGUAUUAUAAAUACUGAUAUAUUUCUGCCAUGAUUAUUCAAGGGAAAUAUUGAUGCUGGGCAUUUUGAGUACAGCAAUGUUAGUAAAUGGCAAAUAAGGAUCUUGUGGUUUCACCAUGAUUUUUUUCUGUGCAUGUUAAAAAGAGUUAUUGUCUAUACAUACAUGGUGAUAAAUCAUUCAUCGAUGUAAUUUCAACCACCAUUUGUUGAGUAUUGGUACUUAAGUUUAAGAUAAAUAUAGAAGGGUACGUUACCCUUUACUUUGACCCGUAUACAAAACUGACAAGUAAUUUAAAUGACAAAGAAAGGACAAAUUACUGUUUAUUAUACAUUAUAAAAUUAUUGUAUGAGAGAUUUAAGUAACGCAAUUACUAUCCUUUAAACUAAGCACUUACUACAGCUGUCAAAUGAGUAGUAUUCACAAAAUCAUGACUUAACUAUUGUGAGUUGACCUAAUUGGCCAUUUAGUAACAUUAUAAAUGACUUGAUAAGCUUCAGUAGCCUAUGUUAUUUUUUGUUGUAGACUUAUUACCAGUCUAAUAAGUAUUUGACACUGGCCUUUUAACCAAUGAAAAGAAAAUAAUUGGUUUCGCAGCUACAACGUUUUUGUUUUGUACAGAUCUCCUGUGAUGAUAAACAUGUUAAUGUGUUUAUUGGACUCAGUUCGUCUCUCUUGAUUGCAUAAAUAAAGAUAUUUCACAGUUGGAGAGUUUA